AGGCCUUAAGUUGUCGUGCGACCCAAGGAUAACGCGACGGGUGCGGCGCUCGGUGAUCACCAUGUGGGCCCCGCGAUCUCCGGCGACACCUCUUUCCUCUCUCCGUUACGGACGUCGUCGGAUCCUCUCCGUCUCCCUUCUCCCUUUAUAACCCUCAUUGAAGCACUAAUAUCACCGAACUGCCAUCACCGGGAGGGAGGGUGUUUGUCCCACAUUCACUAUUUUGCGAAGACCGUACGCCCCACACGGCGCUCGUGACUUGACGACUCCUACCGCGUAUACGCGCCCCGUUUCUAUUGGUUCUCUCAGGGAGGUCGCGGUGCAGAGCAACAAAAGAGAUCCGGAGAGAGGAGACAAUGAGACUAGAGAAAGCAGAGUACUCUGGUCUCCCCUUUUGAUCUCCGAGAACCACGAGAUUCCGCUAAUUUCUCCUUUUUUACGUUUGAUCCUUCUGCUGCAAUGCCUUAUUUUGAAUGAGAUUAGUUUGUUUGACCUGAUUCCGCCUAUUUUCGGCCAAAUUUUUUUUGGGGGUGAAUUUGGUUCAGUGGAGUAGCGGGGGAGUGAACGAUGCUGGCAGCUAUCGAUGGCAGGAUGAGUGGUGGGUUCCAGCAGAGCUGCGGGGAGAGCAGCGAGGAGGAGCUUUCUGUGCUCCCUCGUCACACCAAGGUUGUGGUCACGGGCAACAACAGGACCAAAUCGGUGCUCGUCGGUCUCCAGGGGGUCGUCAAGAAGGCCGUCGGCCUCGGCGGGUGGCAUUGGCUGGUUUUGACAAAUGGAAUAGAGGUGAAGCUGCAAAGAAAUGCACUUAGCGUAAUUGAAGCCCCAAGUGGCCAUGAGGAAGACGAUGAGAUCGAGUGUGAGAACAUGCAGUGGAACAGCUCAGAUUUGGCAUUUGAUGAUACCCAGUCACAAAAGCCACAAAACUCAAAAACCAGGCACUAUAAAGGAUCUUUAAGUAAAUCCUUAACCUGGUCGCACUCUUCUGAUUCAAAGUCAAAGGGGUCUAUUUCAUCCUCAAGGGGCACCAUGAAAGUUGAUCUGAGCAAAUUAGAAACAACGGCACUGUGGAGAUAUUGGCGACACUUUAAUCUUGUGAAUGCCAGUCCAAACCCUUCUAAGGAGCAGCUAAUCGAGGUAGUUGAGAGGCAUUUCAUGUCACAGCAAUUGGAUGAGUUGCAGGUAAUCUUAGGUUUUGUGCAGGCUGCAAAGAGACUGAAGACCAUCUGCAAAUGAUUGAAAUCAAUAGUUUGGUGCCAGAACUUUCAAUGUAUGUAGCUACAAUGGGUAACAUGUGAACUUUGUGUUUGAUUGUUGGAACUUGGUAUUACUAGGUUCCAGACUACUUACUCUGUUAGUCCUAUGAUGUACAUAUGUUCCAAUGGCAAAGACAAAGCACCAUUAGGGCUUUCAGUUCUGCCAAUGACAACACUGCUGACUGACCAUGUGGGGAAGCAAAGGGUGUUCUCUGUUUCUAGUCGCAAGAUGGUCAUAAAUUGAAAUAUUUUGUUAGAAAUUGUUUCAUAUUUAGGUAGUAUCAUGGGGUUUUCAUCAUGAUAUAGUUGGAUUUGAUAGCCAAUGAAAACUUGGCAUGUGGCAUUCAGUCAAAACCUAAACAACCGGUCAAAGCUCUAUGCGUGGUGCUUAGUUGGCUACGAGGUUUUUAAUCGGGUGGUGACAUGGCGUUAUGAAAGUCCAUGUAGUCAGUCAGAUGAUGAUGUGGUACCAUGUAAGCAUGUUUCUUUAGAUGUGCAUUUAUCUCCGAACACUUUUAACUUU